AUUGUGGGUAUGGAAUUCCCUAGGCCGAAAGAAGCCAGUGCGCAGGUCCGAAGGAAACUCCAUGAUUUUUUUGGCACGAAAUCCUGGAGAAAAUAGGAACUUGAAACUGGGAUUAAUGGGAACAGGGCAUUACCUGAAGCACAGCAAAACCUUAAUUCGUUUUCACGUGCUUAAAAAGCUUCAAGCGAUAUUGACGCUUUGAAUGAAACAAUCGGCUUGUCCGCCACCGACUGAGAUCCACUCGAAAUUUAAGAUCAAUUUGGGCGACAAUGCACCGAGCGCAAUAAAACCCAGCUAGCGUUAUUGCUCUUUGUUUUUAGGCAGGACGGACGGAUGGCGCAAAGGCAGAAGAGGUAGGAAAGUGCCUGGAAAAUAGUGUUGUGCCGUCCGAGGUGCUCACAGCAGCAGCACUUGAAGCUAAAGGCUGCCCGAAAGGCUCCGCUAUCUCUCUCCUCUCGCUUUGCAACGCGGCUAACAAGCAGCAAACUUCGUAAACACAGGAGAUUGUAAGUGUUGAGAGAAGUUUUUCCAAGCCAAGAGAGUCCACUGGGGAUAAAUAGAAGAGAAGAGAGGUCUGCCUGUUUUGGCCGGAUCUGAGAUCAGUUGUGUUGAGCGCUGGCAAGACUACUUAGGAUGUCUUCACUUGGGUGGAUUUCAUGGAUGGUGCUGACCCAGGCUAAAUAAAGAUGAAAAGGAGCUGGAUGAGUGUGAGCCAAAAAUGACUGGGGGCAGUGAGAAGGCAGCAGGAAAAAAAGAUGGUGGUCCGACACUCACCGCUCAGGUCCCUGUUGGUUGGCAGAGAAAAGUGGAGGAUGGGGCUGUGGCGUACAUUAGCCCAAGUGGUACAGUUCUGUGUUCUGUGGAAGAGGUGAGGUUGUAUCUGUUAACAGAUGGCACAUGUAAGUGUGGAUUGGAAUGCCCACUUGUCCUUCAUAAGGUGUUCAACUUUGACCCUAGUGCAGGGGUUCAUGCUCAGAGUCAUCAGUCAGGGAAGGUGGAAGAAGAUAUGACCAAACUGUGCAACCAUCGGAGGAAAGUAGUCGCCAUGGCUGCUCUAUGUCGGAGUAUGCAGGCUUCCCAAAUACCGUUACCAGCUCAUGGCUCAGGGAGUGGUGUGUGCUCAGUGGAUGGAAAAGACAAGAGGGGGUCAAUAGUGGUUAGAGGAGAUGUAGCCCAGCGCACUUACACGACCCAGCUGACACUCAACCAGGCCAGACCCAGCAGCAGUGGCAGCUUUCCUUUGCCCUCGCCUCUUCUUCAGAAUGGAUCUAUAUCUCACACCACCUCCAUACUGACUUCUGAUCCAAGCUCACCUUUAAAGAAGACAUCUCCCCAGUCCCCAGGGCCCAGUGUAGCUGCUUUUGGGAAACACCAGUGGAGCCCUCAUCCUGCCCUAACCCAAACCAUUCUCCAAAGAGCACCUCAUAAGCCAACCUCUCCCAGCACUACAAAACUAGACACAGCCCACACGUACCAGACGGACUCAUCCCUUCCCAUAACAUUUGCUUCAUCACCCUCUUCAUCUUCACCUGUGAUUGCCAGGGCAGGACAGCCUCAUCUACAGGGAACGGUUGUGAAAUCUUCUCCUCCUCUUUCUCUAUGUUCAUCCCCUUCUCAUGCUCAGGACUCUUUCUCCCCUCAUCAGCGAUCUUGUCACUCCACCACCUCCUCUCUCUCUGAGGGAGCUCCAGGAUCCAUGCUCGCUCAGGGGGUUAAACCUUCCCCUUCUCCUUUGCCUCCCGCCCAACCUUGCUCUUCACCCAAACACUCCGUACCACCGGCCAGCCCACGCAGUCGCCUGGAGGGCAUUUUGCAGCACUACAAAGACUGCAGCACCACCAACCCUGACGCUACCCAACAACACCACACAUUCAGCAGCAAAAACAAACUUGAAACUCUGCAGAAUCCACAGCCAGCCCAGAAUAAUUCCUGUGAUAAGAGGAAUGGACCAAUGCUAGGUUCUGCCCCGGGACUGAUUGGUCUCCCUUUGGGUCAGAUCCUGUGUCAGCAGAAGAGCCAGCAGCACAUCAGCAACUCUUUCCCAGCUAGCAGCCUCCUUUCUGCAGCUGCCAAAGCCCAGUUGGCCAGCCAGAAAAACCAGAGCCAGUCUAGGGCUGCAGAAACAGGUGCCCUUCCUCUCCCAGCCCUGGACAAGGAGCAGCAGUCCAAGGUAUUAAUUAGCACUUUAAAUAGCAGCCUCAACACCCCUACAGCCCCAACCCAAUCUUUGACAGCUUUUUUGCUUCCUCAUUCCCCCUCUCUCCCUGUGUCCAACCCUGCUCAGUCUGAAAAAAUAUUACGCCGCAAACGCCAGCGUCGCUCACCCACUGUUCUUAGCAUGCUGAAAGAAUCUCAGAUAACUCGAACUGUGGGAGACCUGGUUGCUUCCUCCCCUAUUGUCCCUUACCCUUCUUUAUCGUCCUCUAGCUCUCCUCCUCCUGUCGCUCACUCAGAAAACCACCUCCAGCCUGCACGCUUAUCUGGCGCUCCUCCUUCCACCACUUCUGUGCCUAAUAGUGUACUAAGGCAGACGGAAUUGGAGGAGGGAAAGAGAAUGGCUCUUUCAAAUUCCCUUCCUCUGUCCUCACCCCCUGCUUCAUCCCAGCCUCUCUCUGCCCUGCUCCAGCUCCUCAGUAUGCAGAGUGCCCAGAACAACACUCCACCAACGAUAUCACACAGCAGGAACACAAUUGUGCCCCCUUCUUCACCACCUUUGGUGACCUCUCAAAUGCCUCAGUAUGACAGCCAGCUUGGACCACAAACACACAUCCACAUGAAACAGUCUCAGCCCCAAACCCUGGUGCCCGCUUUGGAUCCUCUUUCCCAGCUGACAUCUGCUCAGCCCCUUUCUCUGACGUGUGAAGACACGGAAGGAGUCGCAGUAAACCUCAAAACAACAGCAAAUAAUGCGGUUUUGAACUUAAGCCUGCCUAACACAAGCACCAGUGCAGGAAAUGAACCUCCCAUUACCAGCCAUACCCUUGGUGUGAUGAGCCAGAUGUCCUCAGAUGCCUGCCUGUCUGCUUCCACCAUAUCAGACAAAACCUGUGGAUCCAAACUAGGGGAUAUGGGACCUGAUCAUAACAUUUACCAAACAAACCAGCCAGACCAAAACCAGGCUGCAGACAGUGAGGGUCCUGUAAUAUCAGAAGAGCAGCAGAAUUUGGAGACUAAGCUACUUUCUAGCUGUGAUCCUGAAUCUAACCUCUCCCUAGCUCAUGCACCUGGCACCUCUUCGGCCGAUCUCCCGAACUCUGCGGCUGACCAUGCAAGCACCUUGCAGCUGGCUGAGUCUUUUCCCUUCAUGACGCAAGAACAGCUCCUCCAACUUCUCUCCUCCAAUGCAGCCCUGCCUUCGCUUCUUCCCCCUUUCUUAGGUUCUCUGCCUCUCGGGCUCUGGACGGGCACUCAGGCUCCCACAACCGGAGGCACCCAAACACCACAAGGAGCAAACAACCUCCUCAACCAGGCUUCUCCACUCAAUGUUCUGCCUUCUGCACUGGGACCUCAGGGGGACCUCCCUCUUAAUCUUGUUAGUCUAUUAAAUCCUCCUGCUCCAGGGCCUCCACUGGCUCCGGGUGUAGCUCCAGGGCUUGAGGCUGGUGAAAAGAACCCUGGGCUGCAGGCACUGCUCAUGGCAUCUUUGCUUCUUGGGCAGAACCCAGCUGCCAUGCUCCCAUUGCCAGGACUCAAUAUAGACCUCCCUCCUCUGCAGCAGGUAUUUGGGGAAGGGGUUUCUCUAGAGAAGACCCCAGCUCUGCUGGACUCUGUCUUGAUGGGGCCAGGACUCCUAGAUGCUCUCCAGGCUCUAGCGCCACCUGCAGAUGGCCAGUCGCUUUUGCUCUCUGCCCAGCUCACUCCUCCCCCUCCUCCUCCUGCCUUCCUGUCCCUGAACCCUGCACUGCUGGCUGCAGCUCUUGCACAGGCUGAAACCCUUCCCAACCACACACCAUCCCCCCCACCUCAUACUCAGGGGACUAUUUCCAGUCCUGCACUGGUUUCUACCUCUGUGUCCUGUACCCCACUGGUACCAGUCACUGGACAGGAAACAUGUGACUCACUGACUGAGCAGGAGAAAACCAACAGCCAGACACCUCAAUUUCUUCCCACAAUCCUGCCUCAAGGGGUCCUGAGUGACCUGGCAGCUUUGGGGAACAUUAAUAGUCUACAUGGUUUACUAGCAGCAGGGCCUUUGUUGCUGUCCCAGGCUCCGUCACUGGGAAUGCCACUGCCACAGAACCAGGCUGCGCUUAACCCACUAACGUGCCUGCAGCUGUCUAUGGGUCCAACACUAAUGGGUGAGAAACCACUGGCAGUACAUGAGACCACGCCUGCACAAGAAGAGCUCCCCGCUUCCCAGCUGUGCCAGGAUUCCCUGCUUAAUCCUGGCCACCUACAGCCACCUACACAGCAGAGGGAAGAGCCAGCAGGGGCUGAACCAGGGCUCAUUGACCCAUAUGGCUCCUUUAUGGAUACUAUUUACACUUCCUUCCUGCAGGUGAGUGGGCGUGGCUCAGAGGGAGGGAGUGACUCUACCCCACUCUCAUACCCAGAGCUUGCACCCUCUCUCAGUCCUCGGCGAGCAUGCUCAGUACACAAUCCUGACCUGUCCCGCCUCAGCAUGGAAGCGGCCCAGUCUCCAGCCCGAGGCACACCCAAACUCAGUGAAGACCCGCCCACCACUCCACCCUGUAAACCUGCAGUGUCUCACCCACCAGAUGCCCCCCUUCAUCUCACAUUCAUGGAAGAGGCAAAGACUGAUGGCUCAGCCAAGCUGUGUGUCUAUAGCAAUGGUAUAGUUUCAGGAGCGAGAAGAGAUGAAGAUGGUGAAGAAGAACGAAGACAGGCACCAGGAUACUUAAGCCCCAGAGAGAGAGUCAGCAUUGACCCAGUGGAUGAUACCAUGGGUAAUGUGGACACAGAGCAAGGAAGGGCUUUAGAAAUUCGUACAGGAGCCAGGAGGGGAAGAAAACGAAAACAAACGCUGCAGAGAGGGCCAGAGUUUCAUGGAGAUAUUGAGCGCAUCAUAGAGGAGCCUGCAGCUACAAUAGCACUGCAGAGGCCAGCAAGAGGGAAAAGGCGGCGUGUGGUCAGAUAGACGUUCUAAUAGAAGCCCUUAUCCUACUGUACUUUACACACCAACACCAGCACUGUCAAUAUGGCAAACCCACAGUGUGCAGCACUGUGUUGUCCUGCAGAACGCACUCCACCUUAAAAGUCUAGUUUCCUGUCACACCUCCUCCUUCUUUCAUCAUUCUUUCCCUCUCUCUCUCUCAUGGAUUUGACCCCUUGUUCUGUUACAUAUGUCUAGCCACAGUGACGAGAACAAAACAAGCGAUGGAGUCGGCUAGCCAACACUACUGCGUAGGAUCUGUCCCCUCCUGUUUUACCGUCUAUAUUAAAUAUGGGUCUGUAACGCCCUCUAUCUGCCAAUUAUUGUUACUGCAUUCCCUCUUAAUUCCUUUCCUACCUGCCAUGUAUCAUGCUGGAGUCAUUCUGGGAUAUAAAUGUUCCAUGAAAACUUUGACUGAAACCAAUUAUUUACAGGCUUAACUUUGUCAUUGCUUAUGUGAUGACCUACAUAACCUCAUGAGUAGAAUCUCCUUCCUCACACAAGUGUAAGGAAAGUAUGUACUGUAUAUGUGUGUAAGUUGCGGGGGCCGGAGUCCAAUACUGUGAGCUGUGGCAGAUUCUGCAUGUAUAGUCAGAGCUGUAACUCGCCCAUUCCGUUGCCUCUGACACCAACUGCCACUUCAACAUAGGCACAAAAUAUUAAAUUAAUGGUUUAAAGUAAUAAUGAGGAUGAUUAUGCAAUUUUACUAAUGAAUUUAUGUAAAUAUGUACAGUUUUAGUAUUUUAUUUUGUACACUUUUUUAGGAAAAAAAUGAUCAAUUUGUAAAGUAUUUCCUCCUCUAAAAAAAAAAAAAAAAAAACCCCUUUCCUUUCCCAUAUUUACGUUGGUUUUGUAAAGAGAAUACUUUGUGAGCAGUAGCAUUUCUUUGUUUUUAUGGGAGUCAACUUUUAUUUAACAAAUUAAAAUGUUUACCUGUAUCUUCUGUCAGUUGUGUGUGUCUAUUUCUUGGACUGCUCUGUAGUUAUACAAGUGGGGAGAAAAAAGAACAGAGCAACACCCUCUCAAAGCAUGUUCAAUUUAUUCUCACAGUUGGAGAAAGACAAUAUUUUAAAGUUUAUGCAUAUGACAAAAGCAGAGUAACCUGUGCCAGUUCAUCUUGGUCAUAAUACAAUAACAGUUACAAGCAACUGAGAGUGAUUAGUUAAAGAUACUCUCAGAUGUAUAAAUACAGUAUGAUUUCUGACUCAAUGAGCAAACAUCCUCUCAUAAACGUUGGCCAAGAGGCAGUGGCUCUCGUGUACAUUUAAUUCAUGGAGUGGUCACUGAAAAGUGAAUUUAUGUUUAGACAAGUGGACACUUCUUACCCAGUGACUAGAUUACCACACGACACUUAGUUUCAGUCUUUCAAGCUAAAAUGUUAAGAUGGUAGGAAAAUCAUCAAGCUGGAAUAUUUUUUUUUUUUUUUUUUUUU